AACGUUAAAAAAAUUAAAAAAAAAAAAAAGAAACUAUGAAACAGGCAGGCCCGAGUGCCAGAGUCCAUCUGGGCACCCUCUGGAGGGAUGCAGUGCAGGGUCACCAUGGCAGACCUGCAGCAGCUCCAGGUGCAGAAGGCAGUAGACUCCGCGGUGAAGAGUCUGGAGAGAGAGAACAUCCAGAAGAUGCUCAUGUUCUGGUACAGCUGUUGUGAGGAUAGUCAGGAGGCCAUGCGGCAGGUGCACCAGUGCAUUGAGCGCUGCCAUGCGCCUCUGGCUCAAACCCAGUUGAAGAAAUUCCAGGGCUGCCUGGCCCAGUGCACCAUGCACUGCAGUGACAAAGCCAAAGAUUCAAUAGAUGCAGGAAAUAGAGGGUUUCAGGUGAAGUGGCAGCUGGAGACUUGUGUGACCAAGUAUGUGGAUGACCACAUGCACCUCAUCCCAACCAUGACUGAGAAGAUCUCUUAUCCACUGGGAAAUUGAAGUCUUUGUAAUUGGCCAUCAAGGCUGACAGCAGUAAUCCAUUUAAUUUUUUUAAUGUUUAUUUUAUUUUUGAGAGAUACAGAGCAUGAGUGGAGGUGGGGCAGAGAGCAAGAGGGAGACACAGAAUCUGAAGCAGGCUCCAGGCUCCA